AUGACUUUCUUUCUUUUAACAUUACUUACUCUUUCUUUUGCUAUUGAAAGAAAACCAAUUAUCCUUGUUCCUGGUCUUAUGUCUACUAUUCUUGAAUCAAAAAUUGAUGUUGAUGAUAACUAUCAACCAUUUCCACAAAAAUGUAGUAGACAUAAAGGUUGGUUUAGAAGUUGGGUUACUGUGAAAGACGCUAUUUCAUUUACUGACGAUUGUUAUUUAUGGUAUUUACAUGGAGUAUGGAACCCUAUUACAAAUAAAUUAGAAAAUAUUCCUGGUAUUUCUAUUAGAAUUCCUCAAUUUGGAAAUACCUAUGCAAUAGACACCCUUUGUCCAAUUCCAAUUGUAAAAAGAUUAACGCACGCAUUUCAUGGAUUAAUUCAACAUUUGAAAAAUCAAGGAUAUGUUGAAUUAUUUGAUCUUUUUGGUGCUGGAUAUGAUUGGAGAUCAAAUGAUGUUUCUGAUGAAUAUCUUAAAUCUGUUAAAGAUUUUAUUGUGUCUGGAUAUGAAAAUACAAAAAGAAAAGUUGUGAUUAUAUCACAUUCUAUGGGUGCUUUUAUUACUUAUAAAUUGCUAGAUUAUCUAGGAAAAGAAUUUUGUGAUACUUAUAUUGAUAAAUGGAUUCCUUUAAGUGCCCCAUUCCUUGGUUCUGGUCUUGCUAUCAAAGAACUACUUGUUGGUGAAAAUAUUGGAUUACCAAUUAAUGAAAAAUUAGCUCGUGAUUUAGGAAGAUCAAUUCAAUCAAUUAUUUCUCUUUCUCCAAAUCCAGAUUAUUGGAGUAAUGAACCUUUAAUAGUAUUUAAAAAAAGUGGUAAACAAUUCUUUGCAAAAGAUCUUGUUGAUGCUUAUAAUAUGUUUGAUGAAAUGAAAGACAAAGCAGAAUAUAUUUUAACUAAUUCCAUUCGAGCAUACUAUGAAAAAUACAAUUGGACAAUUCCUUUUGGUGUUGAAACUCAUUGUGGAUAUUCACUUGGAUAUGAAACACCUUAUAGAAUUGAGUUUGAAGGAGAUUCAUUCGACAGUAAAUACAAGGUAAUAUUUUCUAAUGGUGACAAAUUAGUUAAUGAAGAAUCUCUCAAAGCAUGUUCUCUUUUCACUCCAAACGUAACUUUCCUUGGUAAGUACAGACAUUUAAAAUUACUUGAAACUCAAAAGUUAUAUGACUUUAUUGAUCCAUUAAUUCAUUAA